CAAAUAAAUAUGUUUUUUAUUGUUUACACACGUUCCAAAUUUAAUUUCCUUACAGAAUUUAAGUGCAAUAGAGAAAGUACUCUGCCUAGAACCUUAUAGAAGUACAAAAAUAAUGUUUGUUAUAACUUUAUUUAAAGUAAUUCUACUUUAUCUGACUAUUUUCACAAAAAAUGGUGUGGAGUGUCAGCAAGUACAAUUAGAACUAUCAGCAAAGCAGGUCACUGAAAACGAAAGCCUUACUUUAACCUGCUCAUAUACUGGUACCCAAGCUGUUUUAGAAUCGACGUGGAUGUACUCAAAAGAACUUACUAAAACAUCAACAUUGAUGAACAUAAAUGAAACAUGUGAUGCUGUAGGAUUUCUGAAUGAUUCCAGUUUAUAUGGAUGGGAAUGUUCUACAUAUAAUGUAUAUGUUUUGACAUUGAAGAGAGUCGCGCGUGAUAUGCAUGGUUUGUAUUGGACAUGUCGCCAGGAUGGGACAGAAAGUGACAGACAGUACAUUCAUGUGAAUGUUCCGGUUGAGAUGGUGGAAAUGUAUAGCCCGACGGGGACAAUGAUAUCAGUUCCGGAAGCCGUUACCACAACGUUUCUAUGUAAAACUUCAUUUGCUCUACCGACGCCGCAAAUUGCCUGGUUUGCCGAUAAAGGUCAACAUGGAGGAAAUGACGAUAUGCCAUUGCUUGAUUCUUUAUUUGUUUCAACAAGAUUGAGUAGAGAAGGAUUUAUAUCUACAACUAGCAGGCUUACACUCAACAUGUCCGCACAGAUGUGUGGCUGGAAAAUAUACUGUGUGGCUAAUAACUCCAUAGGAUACAUACAUAAAUCAAAAGAAGUUUCUAUCAUUAUUAAUGAAAAUGACGAACCAUCUAUCCAACCACCAGUUAUCUCGAACUUUGAAAAUGGAAGCACUUACUACGUCAAGGAAAAUGCAACAAUAUCUUUAUCUUGUAACGUCACUGGAACAUUUCCACUUCCGGAUUUGACAUGUUUGAAGUGGACAUGUGAUAAUCAUACCUUGCAAACAUGUGUCUCUUACUGUACCAAGACACUGACUGUCACAUGGACGGUCUCUGUGAAACAAUCUGAAACGUGUGCCUGUCAGUCAUCUUAUCCAGAAUUUGGCGACAUAACAACAUAUAUACAUAUAAAAGCACUAAGUACAUCCACGCAUGAGCAUGAUGUGCAGAAUAAAGUCCCUGUUCUGAUCAUCGCAGUGGGAACAAUUUGUGUCACUUUGAUUGCGACAGCAGUAGGUCUAGUGUAUGCACUAACAAAGAGGCGAGCUAAAAGAAAUUGUCGUCAACAGUCAAUGAAAAUCCACGCGACAAACAAACAGCCUAAAAAGCAAGAUGUAGACGCUAUAAGUCAAAGCAUAGAGGAAGGAUCAUCAACAACAACAACAACAACAGAUGGUAUAAACAGCAUUGAUGGUCACCUACAAAAUGAAGAACGCUCGUAUCAAAGGCUAAAUUAUAUGCUAGGCAGUGACAACGCCUACAGUGAAUAUAGAAAAUAAACAACUAAAGGGAGGCUGUUUGGGAAAUGACAUAUCCGAGAAUCUACACAAAUAAUAGAGUUAAGAAAACAUGUGAAAUAUCUCGAAGAUUCGCAAUGAAAAUAAGAUUAAAAGACAAAUUAAGUGUACAUUAUACAACAAGAUUAUUCCGUUAACUGCUAUGUGUUGUCUAUACUUACCAAGUAGCAGACAAAAUGUUUCUUAAUUCAGCUGAACAUUAUACAUUUACAGCGACAUUUAGUAUCUUGUUAUUUAUCUCAAAAUCUUUACUAUAAUUCACGUAUUUCUUUCAUGUGAAAUUUAUAUGAUAUUGUAUAAAUUGAUUAUUGUUUUCUGAAUUCCGUUUUACUAUUUCAUGUUCCAAAAAUAGCAACAGUGAACAUCAAUAUCACCGUACACUAUUAUAUGACCGAGUGAACCGUGUACCGAAAUUUUGCUUCUCCUUUAACUUUUGAACCAAUAUAACUAAAUUACGAAACGGAGAUUUUUUGGCGGAAAUUGCACAAAUUGUUAUCUAGUUUGAUUUUCUUCAAAUAUUGUGGUUGCUCUGUAUACUGUUUAUUCCAAUCAAAUGAUAUAAACUUUUUAAUGUAAAGCUGGGACUUAAAAUUGUUUUAUUAACAUAUGUCUUUAUAUGUACUUUAUGUCUGUUUUGGAAAUCUCUGUUGCAGAGGAAAGUUUCCAUAUACUUACCAAAGCAUUAACAGAAAGUUUGAUUAUUGAAUUUUACAAGGAAUUUUUAUUUUGAUACUGCUUUUAAUAUAUAAAUCAUCAUUUUUUAAAAUUUAGUUUGAUGACAUAACAUAAAUUGUUCCCUUUGUAGAAAAAGUAUCCCUUAUGCGCCAAGAAAAUGUCCAUUCCUCCGGAAUAUAAUCUUUCAAAACAUUAAAAAAAAUGAAGUGUAAAACAAACUUUCAUUAUGAUACAUAUUCAAUAUAUCUGUAAUGAAUUCUAAUUUGUUAAAUAAUUGUAAUUUAUACAUUCAUUAUGCUUUGUAUGCAAAAAUAUCUCCAAAUAUUUUUCGAAUUAUACAAAUCUUCCACAGCUGCAAAAAGACCUCUCGCAUGCUUCUUUUUAAAGAAGCAAACUUGUACUACUUACCUUAAUUCAAUAAGUUAACUUGAUAGAAUGUUCAGUUUGGAACUUAUAUAUAACUUAUUAUUUAAUUAUUUUCAUUCUUUAUUCUGACGCUGUGGUAUGAUUCUUUUCAUUUCAAUCAUUUACUGGAAACAAUUCUUAUUUGCAAUGCUCAAGUGUUGUAUUUAAAACCAUGUAUGUUUUGAUUAACUUUUGUAAUAAUCAUGUAUUUAUGUUGUUAGGCUUUUUCUUCAUAUUAUAUUCAUUAAA